AUUAUCGUCUGCGUGUUCGCGUGCUCUGCUGUCAUCGAGCGCUGCCACGAGAGACUGGGUGAUUAGUUGACGACGUGAGUCGAGUGAUCCACGGAGUUCGGGUGGCGGAAAUAACGUGUGUCUGGCACGUCUAGUACGGAGUACUUUCAGUUUUCUGGUCGCUAACUUAAGUUCGAGAUUUGACGACUCGCAGCCAGUGAUAUGAAUCUCGUUGCCUUGUCUGCCAGUGUGUUCCUCUUUACCUUGGUGCUCAACUCAUCUGGUGCUUUUGAUUGGGAUCUAUCAGACCUAAAAGAUUUAUCUAACACUGAAAAUCUUCCAAACGCCGAUAAAAGGUACGCCAGACUGUCCUACUAUCGUGCUCCCUCCUCCAAUAACUAUCGCCGGCGUAACAGAGUAUCCAGAUAUGCCCGUUUGUCGUUUUAUCGACCCUCGAGUUUGCCGCGUCGUUACGGAUGGAGACCGAGAUAUUCAAGUAGGCGGAUGAUGCCCUGGGAUUAUCUCCCGCCUGGGUUCUGCUUGCGGAAGCGCUGCCGAAGUCACUACGAUUGUUGCCGAUCUCACAACCUGUGUGACCCGAACGCCAAGGUUUGCUACGACUGCUGGUACGGCCACCCGUGCUCCAAGAACGCAGACUGCUGCCAGCGGUACCCCUACUGCAACCUGGCACAGAAAACCUGCUCAGACUGAGCUGGUACAGUGGACUUGCUCACGGACUGCAGCUAUUUGUAUUUUAAAUACACUCCGGCAUUAUUACCACUUUAAAACAAACAAAGAAAUUCAUUUACAGCCUGGUUCUACUAGAAUAUGUAACACGUCGAAGAUUGUUGCAGAACGGUGACGAUAUUAAUGGGAACAUAGUGGCAGAUCGUCGACGUUUUGCGGCAUGUUAGAGUUUUUAUGGGAACCAAGCUUAAUAGUUCGCUUUUGUGGGUGUGGGUAAUUUUUGACAUGCUUCCAUCAGAUAACUGUUCAAGCACGCGUGUCAUGGACACAACCUCUGGCUUCGCCAGAGAGUUAUUUCCAAGACAGGGAGGGCGUUCGCAUUAAAAUUUUAUUCAAUGUCAUUCUAUAUAUAAAACGCAGCCCACCACGAAUGAUUAAAUAGUUAAUCGAUUCUACAAUAACACAGGUAUUUGAUCUGUUCGUGCAUCAGCUACUGAAACGUUUCUGUGAAUUACUGGAAAGACAAAAAGAAAUAAUAACGGAACGAGAAUUGUAUAAAGAAGGUGUUGGGGGCAGCGAAAGUCUAAACUCAAAAGUCAACUCAGACAUGGGAAUAAUACAAUUUGGACUGGGUAUAUAUUAUAUGUUUACAGUCUGAAAGUCAACUCAGACAUGGGAAUAAUACAAUUUGGACUGGGUAUAUAUUAUAUGUUUACAGUCUGAAAGUCAACUCAGACAUGGGAAUAAUACAAUUUGGACUGGGUAUAUAUUAUAUGUUUACAGUCUGAAAGUCAACUCGGACAUGGGAAUAAUACAAUUUGGACUGGGUAUAUAUUAUAUGUUUACAGUCUGAAAGUCAACUCAGACAUGGGAAUAAUACAAUUUGGACUGGGUAUAUAUUAUAUGUUUACAGUCUGAAAGUCAACUCAGACAUGGGAAUAAUACAAUUUGGACUGGGUAUAUAUUAUAUGUUUACAGUCUGAAAGCUGAACAUUAGGAAGGAAAGAAAAAAUGUUUUAUUUAACGACGCACUCAACACAUUUUAUUUACGGAUAUAUGGCGUCAAACAUAUGGUGAAGGACCACACAGAUAAUGAGAGAGGAAACCCGCUGUCGCCAC